AUGCCUUGUCUUGAGGGAAUUGAAGUUGCAAUCGUCACUCAGCCCGAGCUGGCUAAGCUCCCCGAGUGUCGUCUCUCGGAUUCCUCCUCUCAGAGUGUUCUGCCGUCUGCUGAUCAAUUGUCUUGCUUAAGUCUUGCCGCCUCGAGCCGACUUCGUUCAUUGCCACGCCAGCUUCGGAAGACCAGUCCUCGGAUUUCUGUCUACAUCCCCUCAGACCCAGGAUCACAUUUUGGAAUCCACUAUGCACUCAACGAAACGUCACAACUGCCACGCUACUUGUAUUUCAAGAUUUUCAUGAAUGGCAGAAACAUUACAAACUGUGGCGUGAGGGUUCUCAAUGGAGCUUCAGGUUCCAUCACACGCUCCCUCUGUGAGCCAAGCGAGCGCUGGAAAUACAAGGAAGAUGGCGUGUUACGCAUCAGGGACGGGAUAGAGGCACGUUGCUUCUCCUUUCUUCCACAUGCGCAUCAAUCAGUUGCAGAAGAUGGCGGCUUGAUAGAGGUCCAAGUCUUUCGGGCCAAGGGCCGAAUUCGAAGAUUGCCCAUACUAGAUGGCCACCGUGGUCAGGAGUCAUACGGGAUUGGGUCGCCGUCAGGUGGUCUCCUCGAUUCACCAGAUGAGACCUGUUUCUACGAUUGGAUCUUAAUCGACUCAAAAGAGUCACCUUUCGUCUCUUUCCGUUUUCUUUAUAGAUCGUUACUAAACCUGCGCCAACUGAGCCUCGCACCGGAUCCUGAGUUGGGCGACAGUUCAGUCGACAUGGAAGAGGACAUGGCUGAGCACGCAAGCGAAGGGUUUUGUUCCAUCAAACCACUUCGUAUUGGUAAUCUUCGUACAGAGAGUCCAAGUAGCUCAGUAUUGGAUGAUGCUCUGUCGGUCCAGCAGGAGCCCCAUUCGUCAACACGUCCCAGGCGGUUGACCGAAGCAGCCCCUAUAAUUGCAGCACCAAAAGCCUCAGCUCGUCCUCUCCCUGAGGUUCCGAUCAAGAAGCCUGCAGACCAUGGAGACAUUGAAAAGCAGGUCCAGGCGCAUGAAUACACUUCUCUAUCCGAUAUCCAAGAGGAGAUAGAGCACACCGAUACCAGCCUGACCAGCACUACCAGUUUCCUAGGUCGAUCCGAUUCUCCUCGCAGUGUCAAGGCGAGAGUUCUCGAAUUGAACGAUUGCGGUAUAAUGCCGCUUCAGCCAGCUCUAAAGAGAGACACCAGCUCGACCAUCCUCGAAUCACUUGUGGACUACUCAGAACAAUCUGGCCCGGGACAAAACCGUGCGUUAUCUACAUCGACGGGGAAGAUGGGCUACCUAGAAACGGAUGAGCCUGAGCAAACAUCGGAAAUGGAAUCGAUUGUUGCGGAAGCAGAACAUUCAUUCAGGACUGGUUGGAGACUGAGUGAGAGCGAGUGGAUCAAGGGGGAGGUUUGAGUGCACAAAUGGCAACGUGGCAGAAUUUGUAACACAGAGUUGUUUGGUUCUGGUCUCGCAGAGGAUUUCUUAAUGAAUGUGUGAUAAUGAUGGACUUACAAAGGAAGUGUCUGUAGGCCAGAACAUUUCAGUCAUGUCAAUACGACUGAGUACAAUGUAUACAUUAUGUGCCCACCCAACAGCAGAUGAAAUAGGGAUGUUGAAGGACUGUGAAUAAGA